ACGUUAUCCUCUCCCGCGAAGAGCCCCGCCCCACCCCGCUCCGCCCUCCUCGAAGCUCGAGAGUGCGGCGUGAGCCAUUGCGGCUGUAGUCCCCUGCCUCGGUUCUCCGCGCGGUCUUUGUCUGCCGCUUUGUUCUCGCCGCGCUGGCGUCGUCCUCUCCCCCGUCUCCGCCCGCCCCGCGCGCCCGGGCCUUGCCCGCCAUGGUCACCCGGCCCGAGCCUGAGGUCGAGGCCAUGGAUGCUGAGCUGGCCGUGGCGCCGUCGGGCUGCUCGCAUCUGGGCAGCUUCAAGGUGGACAACUGGAAGCAAAACCUGCGGGCCAUCUACCAGUGCUUCGUGUGGAGCGGGACGGCCGAGGCCCGCAAGCGUAAGGCAAAGUCCUGCGUCUGCCAUGUCUGCGGCAUCCACCUGAACCGGCUGCACUCCUGCCUCUACUGUGUCUUCUUUGGCUGUUUCACCAAGAAACACAUCCAUGACCAUGCAAAGUCUAAGCGGCACAACCUGGCUAUUGACCUGAUGUAUGGAGGUAUAUACUGCUUCUUGUGUCAGGACUACAUCUAUGACAAGGACAUAGAAAUCAUUGCCAAAGAGGAGCAACGCAAGGCUUGGAAGAUGCAAGGUGUUGGAGAGAAGUUUUCAACUUGGGAACCAACCAAGCGGGAACUGGAACUGCUGAAGCACAACCCAAAGAGGCGGAAGAUCACCUCCAACUGUACCAUAGGUCUGCGUGGACUGAUCAACCUGGGGAACACAUGCUUCAUGAAUUGCAUCGUGCAGGCGCUGACCCACACACCACUUCUGAGAGAUUUCUUCCUGUCAGACAGGCACCGCUGUGAGAUGCAGAGCCCCAGCUCCUGCCUGGUCUGUGAGAUGUCCUCUCUCUUCCAGGAGUUUUACUCGGGGCACCGCUCCCCACACAUUCCGUACAAGCUGCUGCACCUGGUGUGGACACACGCCCGGCACCUGGCGGGUUAUGAACAGCAGGACGCACAUGAAUUCCUCAUUGCAGCCCUGGACGUCCUCCACCGGCACUGCAAAGGUGAUGACAAUGGGAAGAAAGCCAACAACCCUAACCACUGCAAUUGUAUCAUCGACCAAAUCUUUACGGGUGGGCUCCAGUCUGAUGUCACAUGUCAAGUCUGCCACGGGGUCUCCACCACCAUAGACCCCUUCUGGGACAUCAGUUUAGACCUGCCCGGUUCUUCCACCCCAUUCUGGCCCUUGAGCCCAGGGAGUGAGGGCAGUGUGGUUAACGGGGAGAGCCAUGCAUCAGGCACCACCACUCUCACAGACUGUCUGCGAAGAUUUACCAGACCGGAGCACUUAGGAAGCAGUGCCAAGAUCAAGUGUAGUGGUUGCCAUAGCUACCAAGAGUCCACAAAGCAGCUCACCAUGAAGAAGUUGCCCAUUGUGGCCUGUUUCCAUCUCAAACGAUUUGAACACUCAGCCAAACUUCGGCGGAAGAUCACCACAUACGUGUCUUUUCCCCUGGAACUGGACAUGACUCCCUUUAUGGCCUCCAGCAAAGAGAGCCGGAUGAAUGGGCAGUACCAGCAGCCCCUGGACAGUCUCAACAAUGACAACAAGUACUCCCUGUUUGCUGUUGUUAACCAUCAAGGGACCUUGGAGAGCGGCCACUACACCAGCUUCAUACGGCAGCACAAAGACCAGUGGUUCAAGUGUGAUGAUGCCAUCAUCACCAAGGCCAGCAUCAAGGAUGUGCUGGACAGUGAAGGGUACCUACUCUUCUACCACAAGCAGUUCCUGGAGUAUGAGUAGCUCCUCCCUUGCUGGCCAGGAAAAGAGAAAGAGAGAGCAAGUUGGCAAUCUUCCCGACAUGAUCCCUGGUCUCCUCACAUCAGAACACCGUGGUAUCCCUCCUGUGCAGAUGUGCCUCACACAUGGCCCCUCUGCACCAGGAGAUGUUAGGGUGGGCAUGAGCUGUAAGACUUGAGUGGAGUGUGCUCUUGGUGGACAGGAGCCAAGGGGCCACCUCUUCUCAACCUUGUGGUAUGCUGAGGGCAGAUGUCCUCAGAGCAGACCAGCCUCUGCCUGGUGCUUCACCCUGUUACCCCACACAGGUUUAAAAAGCACUGCGCUGUUGAAAAUGAGCCCAUGAAAGCUGUAGAGUAGCAGAGGUGAUGCCGGAGGGCAGAGUGCUUGCUGUGUUGUGUGGCAUGAAGGGCAAGGGUGUGUCCUUUCUAAAGUUGUAAAAUAGCCCUGGGCCCAGGUUAAGACCACCCACAGGCUUAAAACAUCCGGUCUACAGAUAACUUUGUAUCAACUAACUGCAUGUGGAAACACCAGCCCAGAUGUUCCCUUUGUUUUCUAGAAAUAGGCGUCUUACCUCUACCCCUUGCUCUUCUUCCACGCUAGUGAAUUUCAUAAACGUGAUAGCAGUGAAGUGAAUGAUUAUCAAGUUUAUAUGGAAAGCUGGUGACCUUUCCUGAGAGCAGAAUGUCUUGUUUCCUCACCCUGUACCCUCCUCCUCCCCACUCAGCUGGUGGCCAGGCAUGGGGAACAGGGUCUCUGUUAUCUUGGUCUUUGGUCCUUUUGCCUGUCCGGGUGGUUUAGUGGAGGAGUUUCAGUAAAGGCCAGAAUGAAAAGGCUUAGUGGUGACCAGUUCUGCUGACAGAGUCAAUCAUGAAAUUUCUUGUAAGAUAUUUUGCAUGUGUCUUGGACAAGGCUUAGGUUGAAUAUUUCUAAGAAGUUAAAAUCUAGGGUCUUAGUGUUUCUCUUUAUAGCACUGCCUUUUCAGUGGUGCUUGCCUAGGGGCCUGCGGCACGUCACUGCAGGGGUUUCAGGGCCGCCAGGCUCUGAGCUGUAGUCUACAGCAGGUAUCUUAUGCAUCAUUCGUGCAUAGCAAGUACAGCUCUAUUCCGAUUGUCCUUUAUUUACACACCUUAAAUUUGAAUUCCAUAUACUUAUCAUGUGUACAGAAUUUUUUUUUAACUAUUUGAAAAUAAGACAUUUAUUUACUGACAGGCUACAAAAAAGCAGGGCAGGUUCCAGCCCAGCUCCUUAGCUAGUUGUGACAGGAUGAGGUAUCUGUGGCAGAACUAAGUGGCCGCUGUCCAGUUAGUGUAAAGAUCACCAGAAGUCAGGGGCAGCUAAAGCCUCCUGUGCAGUGUACCCGUGUUCCUAUUUCUGCAUUUAAAGCAAAGAACAAACUUGAAGCAUGUUUUUGAAGAAGCUCUUUUUGAGAAAUAUGGGUGAACCCAGAUUCUCAGACAUGGACCCGUGUUUGUGGGACUCAGCUGUGGAGGUACCCUUGGGGAAUCUAUUCUGUUUGUGAACCCCCAUAGGAAAAACUUCACUGUGGUUGGCCUAGAGGAACCAGAGCCCAAACCUCUUCCUGAAGGUCUGCCUCUUUGACACUGGUGGAUGGAGCAUCCAGAGACAGAGGAAAUGAGCAGGUGUGCUGGCCAGGCCUGCUUCCUCUGUCCCCACAGCACACAGCCCGUCUCUACCUGAGGACAAAACCUGUUUUCUGCCAGAGUGACUCUAACCUUUUAUAUCCAAAUGUAUUCCCCUUCUUUACCACGGGCUUAACAUUCUAAGCACUUUGCUUAGUGCCUGCGGCAAGGAGACCAACCAACUCCUUGACUGCCGCACGCCUGUCUGGCCCUACCUCUGUGUCUUGGGACCUUCAGCGUGUUGUCUCAGGCAUGUGUGGACGGCUGAGGAGCAGAUUGGAGCGGUGGGCUUGGGAAGUUCUUUCAGUUACCCCUUUGGAUAGCAGGGCAGGAAAAGGGUUUCCCAUCCAAGGACCAUCCAGUAUAGGUGCCCAGAUGGUUGGGAAGUGUGUGCGACCACAGGACUGCCUUACCCAGCCCCAGUCUAGAGUGUGAGCAGACCUCUUCUAUGACCGCUGGUACCAGCCUCACAGGAGACCAAACUAGCUCUCUUCAGAUGGCUUCAAUUCAGGAGGUGGGGUGGGAUCUGCAGUUCCUCUCUUCAUCCCAGGAGUCCCCCCUCAAGCUGGACUCUGGCCUGAGCGACCGACACCAUGUGAACCUGAGUGCUCUUGUGUUUGGCUUGGUAUGUAUGCUUUUCCUUGUGUAAAAUCAUUGUUCUUUUUGACCAGUGGCUUGUUUCAUUUAUUAUAGCUUUGAAAUAAAAUGUGAGGGGAAAAAAAUCCAAUGAUUGUAUUGUGGUUAGAAAUUUUAUUACCAAGACAUUUGUCACUUUCUCCCCUGUCAUUUUGAGGGGCUUGACUGUCUCCUCCCUGGUGACUUUAGUCUUUCCUAUAUCCUAAUAAAGCUGCAUUUUCUUCUGAAA